AUGGACAAUAUAUGUGUACGCUCAGCAGUGUCGUUGUCCGCAGCCACCGCCACCACUGCUACCACCCGAGCGGACUAUGGUGGUCAAUCUGAUAAAGGGGACGUUGUGGCCACACUCAUCGAUCUUGAGACAUAUAUGAAGGUGGAUGACAUUGACCUGAGUAACUUGGUGGGCACUCCCUUGUACUUUCACCCUUUGGUCGUUACUAACAAGGAGCAAAGCAAGGUCCCGUACGACGGAGAGGUAAAUGCCUAUGAUGUGGACGUGUGGGCGUUUGCGGUUCUUGUGCUGGCCAUUUUAAUCACGAGUAUGCGUGGGGACUAG